AUGAAUCGCAGCUGUGUAAACAACGUGGCGAGUGGUGAUUGGUUGAGUCAUGCCAGAAGGGGGGGUAUAAAGAGGAGAGUAAAGAGACAGGAAGUGCGCUGUUGUAUCGGGAAGGACGCUGUGAGUGCACGCUGGGUUGAGCUACGAGUACGGAAGAACAGCAUUGUUGGAGUUGCCUCAGAGACCUGUGGAGAGAGGAAGAGUCAAAAGUCCACGGAGGGUGUGUUUGGUGAGUUUGUGUCAGUGACUGAAGGAGAUCCAGUAACUUUAUCUGUCAGUCUCACUGAAACACAGAGAGAGGACAGAAUCUCCUGGAAGUUUACAUCUCAAGAAAUUAAAGCAUCAGAAAUUAUCAUAGCUGAAACAGAAGAUAAAGGAAAUACUGUCACUUUACAUGAUGAUAGACCUGAUGGAAGAUUCAGAGACAGACUGAAGUUAAACAAAGACACUGGAUCUCUGACCAUCACAAACACCAACAUCACACACACUGGACUUUAUCAAGUGAACCUCAUCCGCACAACUCAUCUGCCAGUUCCUGUCAUCAGCAGAGAAUCUUCACAAAGUUCUUCAUUAUCAUCAUCAAUUUGUUCAUUACUGUGUUCAGUGUAUAAUGUGAGAGAUGUGAGUCUGUCCUGGUAUAAAGGAAACAGUUUAUUGUCCAGCAUCAGUGUGUCUGAUCUCAACAUCAGACUCUCUCUACCUCUGGAGGUGGAUUAUCAGGAUAACAACACAUACAGCUGUGUACUCAACAAUACCAUCACAAACCAAACUCAACAUCUCAACAUCAAGAAUCUCUGUCAGACGUGUUCAGUCGAUUUCAUCUGCUGUUGUGGUUUUACUGAAGCUGUGAUCCGAUUGGUCGUCUCUGCUCUGGUGGCCCUGGCUGCUGUUGCUCUUCUGGUUUGCGAUGUCACAACUAGCAGAAAAGAACAGAAGAGGAUGAGAUCAAAGACUCAAAUAAAUGACUGAUGAAUCUGUAGUUUAAUCAUCAGUAUGCUAUAUGCUUGCUUGCCUAUCUUCUAUAUUUAUCUAUCAUGAAAUGCAACUUAACUUUAAAAAUACAUUUAUUAGGCUAUAUGUUAUGUGUAAACAUCAUUAGACAGGUAGAUUACAUACAUUAUAAUCUAGGUAACAUUUAAAUUUAACAUUUGUCUAAAAUUUUUACAACAUGUAAUUACAUAAAAUGCCAUCCAGCAACUGCUGUUUUGUACGCCAGGUGACCUGUAAUGCAAAAACACUCUUUCUGUUGCAGUUUUGUGAUAUAUUCUUUUUUUCGAAUUGCCUAAAAAAACACAUGUGAGCAAACUUUUUCAAAAUAUAGACCGUUUCAGCAGUAACAACAUAAACAAGCGGCUGCACGUAACUUCCGGUAAAAUCCGCUAAGAAUAAUUAACAACAAAGUCCUUUAAACGUAGUUUAUUUAUAUAA